GUCGAUGGGUCUGUUUCAUAGUGAGCAUGCGCAGCUCGCUUGGCGAGUGACUGGUUUUCGGAGUCUUUAAUGAGUGCCGAGUACAGGCCUGGGUGUUCGUGUAGAGCUUCAGUCAGAAAAGCUUGUGUUUUGGCCCUUGUAGAUCGAUAAAGACUGCCUGAGUAUGGUAACUCUUGAGCCCAUGCAUUUGGAUUAAUCAGCAAUUGUGUCAAUCUGAGAGGACACUUAUGGCUGCGAAAAGUAUUAUCCAGUCCAAGCAGGCUGCAGAAGCUGUUGAUGGAAUCCUGACUGAGGUGGUGUGCACUGUAUUCAAUGAUUACAUCUUUGUGGUGGUCACGCAGUAUGGCAAAAUGGGAACAUUGAUCUCUGUAACGCCUCACAGUGUGGCAAAUGAGAUCAGCAAACCCACAUUUAGCACAAAGAUCCUAAUGGGAAAAGAUGAGCCUCUCAUCCAUGUCUAUGCAAAGCACCUUGUGACCUUUGUGUCCGAGGAGUCUGGGAACAAACCAGUGCUACUUGCAUUGGCCCUGAAGGAUGCCAACAUGGACAGUAUUAAGUCUAUCAAACAGCUGAUUCAGAGUUGCCGACUUUGGUGAAAUAUACUAACUGGACAGAAGGGCUGAGACUAACAAAUUAACGCUAUAAAAGAGUAAUGUGUCUUUGCUUCAUUCCACGUGGACAAGAAUAUAAACUUUUUAACUUGAGCAGGAAUGUUGCUGAAUGGAAAUAGAGGAACAACUUUUGUAUUUUUGAUGCACAAGUCAUUGAACUGGAAAGCUAGUAUUUGUACUCAGUUGAGGGACAUCACUGCAGCAUAUUAUGCAUACUCCCAAGGCAAUAAGUACCGUUGAUGUUAAUUAAGGCUGAAGAAUGGCUUGCUGUAAUUAGAUUUUGAAGGUAAAGAUGGGACACAAGGGGAGACGAACUGGAUUUUGCAUUCCAUUCUUGAGUGUUCAGGCUGAAUGGAGGCAAAGAGUUGAUCGAAAGAAAGAUUGGAGAAAUGUAAAUUGCAAAAAAUGCUUGGAAUAAAAGUAUAUGAAAACAA